AGUUUGUUUUGUUAUUUUAAUUCAUUGAUCAUUCAUAUUUCAUUAGUAUUAAGUAUUUAAAAAUUUCUAUUUCCCUUAACCUACCGAUAGCGUAUAAAUUUUCGGUAUUUCCUAUUAGUGUAUUAGUGUAAUUUAUGCAUGGUUUUUUAAAUUUUAUGUUAUAAAUAAAAAAAAUAAAAUUAAAUAUCCUGGCCAACAAAAGAAAGAACUAACAUUUCCUUCAAAGUUCACAUUAAACUAUUUAGGCAUAAAAAUGAGCCAACAUAGAGCAAACAGAUCCUUAUCGGAGAACACAUGCUCUGCAGAAGUCGUGAACCAGUGUGUGAAGUUCCUUGUUUGUCGCGAAGGCAGUAAGAUACCGAUACGGAAUUCAGAUAUCGAUAACUUCAUCGAGUCAGUUACCAAGGAUAAAAGUAAGCCGAACAAGAAAGUAGUUCUUGAAAACGCUAACAAAGUGUUGAAAAGUGUUUAUGGUUACAAGCUGGUACAACUGAAGUGCAAGGGUAUACAGUACAUAAUGGUACUGAGCGACACAUUGCCUAGUUCCAGUGUGAGGUUGCAGCCAACGUGUGUAGAGCCUGGUCACCGGAAGCUCUUGAUAGCUUGUCUCACACAUAUAUUUAUGUCAGGAGGAACAGUCAAGGACAUAGACAUGUGGCAGUUUUUGAACAGUACAAGUUUGUUGAGUGAACAUGACAUACAGGGAAGGAAAGUACUUACACACACAUUCAAAAAACAACUGUAUUUGGAUGUCAAUAAGAUUGGACCAGAUGACCAACAAAAGUGCGAGUUUAGUUGGGGACAAAGAGCUGAUGAAGAAAUACCAAAGGAAUUCAUUAUAAACAAAAUGGCCCAAGCAUUCGAGACGGAACCCCAAUACUGGAGGAAACAGUACAGAUACUCACAAGAGAAUCCUUCGAAUGUUUCUGAAUAAAUGUUAUCGGAGGUUUUAUUUUUUUGUAAAUUUUGAAUAGUGUUUGUAUUAUAUUUUUUAAACAUUUUUAAUAAUUAAAAAAAAGAUAAAUAAAUAAAUGAGAGAGAAUAAAACCAUAA